AUGAAAUUCUCAGAAAUCAGAAACUACUGCAAUUCAUCGCAUGUCUUCCCUGGCACGUGCAAAACAUGCAGGAGAUGUACAUGUUUAAUAACAGGUGCAGGAGGUGCAGGAGGAGCGCGUGUUCCCUACCACGUGCAGGAGGUGCAGGAGGAGCGCGUGUUCCCUACCACGUGCAGGAGGUGCAGGAGGAGCGCGUGUUCCCUACCACGUGCAGGAGGUGCAGGAGGAGCGCGUGUUCCCUACCACGUGCAGGAGGUGCAGGAGGAGCGCGUGUUCCCUACCACGUGCAGGAGGUGCAGGAGGAGCGCGUGUUCCCUACCACGUGCAGGAGGUGCAGGAGGUGCGCGUGUUCCCUACCACGUGCAGGAGGUGCAGGAGGAGCGCGUGUUCCCUACCACGUGCAGGAGGUGCAGGAGGAGCGCGUGUUCCCUACCACGUGCAGGAGGUGCAGGAGGAGCGCGUGUUCCCUACCACGUGCAGGAGGUGCAGGAGGAGCGCGUGUUCCCUACCACGUGCAGGAGGUGCAGGAGGAGCGCGUGUUCCCUACCACGUGCAGGAGGUGCAGGAGGAGCGCGUGUUCCCUACCACGUGCAGGAGGUGCAGGAGGAGCGCGUGUUCCCUACCACGUGCAGGAGGUGCAGGAGGAGCGCGUGUUCCCUACCACGUGCAGGAGGUGCAGGAGGAGCGCGUGUUCCCUACCACGUGCAGGAGGUGCAGGAGGAGCGCGUGUUCCCUACCACGUGCAGGAGGUGCAGGAGGAGCGCGUGUUCCCUACCACGUGCAGGAGGUGCAGGAGGAGCGCGUGUUCCCUACCACGUGCAGGAGGUGCAGGAGGAGCGCGUGUUCCCNAUGACAUGA